CGAAAAAGGACAGGUGCCCGCGUAGGAGAGUCACUUUGUGCACAAAAAGCGGCUUCUCUCCCCCUGCGGUGCAAUUGCUGCAGUGGUGUGUGUGAGGCGUGAGGAGAUGAAGAUGGCAGCUGCCGAGAAGAACACCAAGAGCGGCACGGAGCCCAGCAAUGGCGGCACGGGCGGACACGUGGAGAUGGUGGUCUUCUCCAUCGCUUUCUACUGCGCGGUGUCCUUGUGUAUCGUCUUUCUCAACUACACCAUCUUCACCGACACGCUGCCGUACCCCGUGUUCGUCUCGUGGUUCCAGCAGGCCAUGGGGCUCGUUGUGUUCGUCGCCAUCGGCUGGAUAGGCCAGUUCGUACCCUCACUGGCCUUCUGGAAGCCUUACAGCUUCAAGUGGCACCUGGCUGUGCGCGUGCUGCCGCUCACCGUGGUGUUUGUGGCGAUGAUUGGCUUCUCAAACACGUGCCUCAAACACGUGCAGGUCCGCACACGGGGCGGGAUGGCCACACACACACACACACACACAGAGAGAGAGAGAGAGAGAGAGAAUGUAUGUUGGUUGGUUUUUGUUCAGGUUUCCACGUAUCAGGUGGCCCGCUCUCUGACGAUAGUCUUCAAUAUCGUGCUGUCGUACGUCAUCCUUGGCCAGCGUUCGUCGCUCAUGACGAUUGUGGCGUGCCUUGUGGUGGUCUCGGGCUUCAUCGUCGGCUCACUGGACCCCUCCACCCUCUCUCUCAUGGGCAUCCUGACGGGCUCCAUGGCUUCCUUCUUCCAGGCCAUCUACAUGGUGCAGAUCAAGAACGUCCUGAGGCACGUGGAUGGCGACCAGAACGUGUUGAUGAGCUACAACCUGACGCUGAGUGCGGUGCUGUUUGUGCCGGUGAUAUUCAUAGCUCAGGAGGAGAAGUUCUAUGAGGCGCUGCCUUUCGAACUCACCUGGGAUGCCGCCAAUGUCUGGGGGUCCCUCUGUGCGUCAGGUGGGCCAGUCAGCGCACACACAGACAGAGAGGGAGGCCACACUUCACUCUCUCUGUGUGUGAUGUGGUGUGUUUGUGUGUGUAGGUAUACUGUCGGUGCUGAUAGCUAUCGCGUCCUAUCUGUGCGUCAAGCACACGUCCCCCUUGACAUUCAACGUGGUGGGAUACGCCAAGGCCUGCCUGCAGUCGAUCGGCGGCAUCAUUUUCUUCGCCGACAUGGUCACACCAAAGAGCCUACUCGGCAUCUGCCUCACUCUCGGCGGAUCCAUCGUAAGAGCCGCGACACACAACACACCACAACAGCAGACAUCCAUCUCUCUCUCUCUCUCUCUGUGCGUGCGUGUGUGUGUGUGUGUGUGUGUUGCCAACAACCAGGGUUACGGCCAGGUGAAGUUCGCCGAGCGUCAGGCAGCGAUGCGUGCCAGCAGCAGCACCACGAGCAAAGACAAGGAGGGCGGCAUGAGCACACCCCUCACCGACAUAUCAACCGAGGCCGGCAGCGACCAGGAGGGCUCACUGAGGAACAAGGGAUCUAACACCACCACCAGCACCGGCAGUAGUAACGGCGGCAGCGAGCCCAGCACCAGCCCGCUGCUUGCGACCGGCAAGAACAAGCCGAGGAACGGGAGAAAUAACAACGGAGACAGCAAUGUCUGACACGCACUGCCAGGGGGGUUGCGGGGGGAGGAGGGAGACGGGAAAGGGGGAGGGGAGGGGGGCAAUUAAGCCAUUUAUGCACACAGACAGACAGACAGACAGACAGGCGGAGAGGAGAGCCCGGCCGUUUUUGGGGUGGAGUGAAUGAAUGUCUUUCCUUUUGUUUUGUGUGUAGACAGAGUUAGCCAUCUGUAUCUUUGUGUGUAGAGAUGGACGGAUGGGCGGAUGGACGGAUGGAUGAAUGGGUGGAUAAAGGCCGGUGAAUUAGAGAGCGUGUCUGCGUCUGUGUGUGAGAUGAUUUGAUCGAUGAGCGCUUUUUCUACUGUCGCGUGUGUGCCUGUCUGUGUGAUUAGCGAAGGAGAGGGAGGGAGGAGGGAACUGUGUUGACUGACGUGCACACAGACAGACAGACAGACAGACAGGCGAUGGAUGGGUGUAUGAAUGACUCGGUGCUCUCUCUGCUCAAACUGCGUGGUGUGUGAAUAGAUGACCCUUCCCUGCUGCUGUGUUCGUACACUCAAUUAAGCGAAUCGCACCAAAAGCC